GAGCCGCGCAGAGGUUCUAGGCGGGUGGGCGUCCAGGGUCCGAGGUUGGGAGACUGAGGGGGUCCCCCUAACUCGCCAGUGGGAGAGGGGCGGGAAGGCUGGGGGCGCUUCGAAGCGUCGGGUCCGAAUCCCGCGACUAAGCCUCCUCCUUUAUCCCCGCGCUCGACCCUGAGCCUAGGACUUGCGCCCUCUUUCCUGCCACUCCCCCCGUGCGCCCGGUGUCCCAGCCCCGGCGCCCGCCCCAUAGCCCCCUUCUCCCAGAGCUGGCGCCGUCUCACGCCCGCUGCGAACCCCCGGCUCUGUCUCCAAGCCCUCGCCCCCCGCAGCCCCGCACUCUCCCGCGGAGCCCGCCUCCACCUCGCCCCCGCCCCUCCAGCCCUCUCCCGCACGGCCCCCGCACUCCCGCCGCUGGAUUCCAGCCGAGAUUCAAGCUCCCGGGAUCCCCCUUCCCGGGCGGUCCUGAGCCGGCUAGUCUCCAGAGACAAACUCAUUUUUGUGUGUGUUUGGAGCAGUGCGUGCAAUCUACAGAUCAGUCUCUGAUGGUGGGUCGUUAACCUCAGUGGGGACUCCAAGAUUUCCAUGAAGAAAAUCAGUUGUCUUCAUUCAAGAAUUGGGAUUGUCUCUGUCUUCAGGUCUGGCUCAGAAUUCCUGCAGCUGGUGAAAAUCUGUUUUCUAGAAGAGGUUUAAUUAAUGCCUGCAGUCUGACAUGUUCCCGAUUUGAGGUGAAACCAUGAAGAGAAAAUAGAAUACUUAAUAAUGCUUUUCCGCAACCGCUUCUUGCUGCUGCUGGCCCUGGCUGCGCUGCUGGCCUUUGUGAGCCUCAGCCUGCAGUUCUCCAGCUUCAUCAGUUUUUCAGGCCCAGCUAGGUGUCUCCUCUGGGAAGCCUGUUUGGAUGCCCCUCACCCCAGACUGGUUCGGCAACCCUCAGUGCUCCACAUGAGGAGUCAAUGAGAUAUUUCAUCAAAAGCAUGGAGCACAGCGUCUGCCCCAGUUCAGCAGUCCACCUGAUCCCGGUGUCGACACCUAAGAAUGGAAUGAGUAGCAAGAGUCGAAAGAGAAUCAUGCCCGACCCUGUGACGGAGCCCCCUGUGACAGACCCCGUUUAUGAAGCUCUUUUGUACUGCAACAUCCCCAGCGUGGCCGAGCGCAGCAUGGAAGGUCAUGCCCCGCAUCAUUUUAAGCUGGUCUCAGUGCAUGUGUUCAUUCGCCACGGAGACAGGUACCCACUGUAUGUCAUUCCCAAAACAAAGCGACCAGAAAUUGACUGCACUCUGGUGGCUAACAGGAAACCGUAUCACCCAAAACUGGAAGCUUUCGUUAGUCACAUGUCAAAAGGAUCCGGAGCCUCUUUCGAAAGCCCCUUGAACUCCUUGCCUCUUUACCCAAAUCACCCAUUGUGUGAGAUGGGAGAGCUCACACAGACAGGAGUUGUGCAGCAUUUGCAGAACGGUCAGCUGCUGAGGGAUAUCUAUCUAAAGAAACACAAACUCCUGCCCAAUGAUUGGUCUGCAGACCAGCUCUAUUUAGAGACCACUGGGAAAAGCCGGACCCUACAAAGUGGGCUGGCCUUGCUUUAUGGCUUUCUCCCAGAUUUUGACUGGAAGAAGAUUUAUUUCAGGCACCAGCCAAGUGCGCUGUUCUGCUCUGGAAGCUGCUAUUGCCCGGUAAGAAACCAGUAUCUGGAAAAGGAGCAGCGUCGUCAGUACCUCCUACGUUUGAAAAACAGCCAGCUGGAGAAGACCUACGGGGAGAUGGCCAAGAUCGUGGAUGUCCCCACCAAGCAGCUUAGAGCUGCCAACCCCAUAGACUCCAUGCUCUGCCACUUCUGCCACAAUGUCAGCUUUCCCUGUACCAGAAAUGGCUGUGUUGACAUGGAGCACUUCAAGGUAAUUAAGACCCAUCAGAUCGAGGAUGAAAGGGAAAGACGGGAGAAGAAAUUGUACCUCGGGUAUUCUGUCCUGGGUGCCCACCCCAUCCUGAACCAAACCAUCGGCCGGAUGCAGCGUGCCACCGAGGGCAGGAAAGAAGAGCUCUUUGCCCUCUACUCUGCUCAUGAUGUCACUCUGUCACCAGUUCUCAGUGCCUUGGGCCUUUCAGAAGCCAGGUUCCCAAGGUUUGCAGCCAGGUUGAUCUUUGAGCUUUGGCAAGACAGAGAAAAGCCCAGUGAACAUUCCGUCCGGAUUCUUUACAAUGGCGUCGAUGUCACAUUCCACACCUCUUUCUGCCAAGACCACCACAAGCGUUCUCCCAAGCCCAUGUGCCCGCUUGAAAACUUGGUCCGCUUUGUCAAAAGGGACAUGUUUGUAGCCCUGGGUGGCAGUGGUACAAAUUAUUAUGAUGCAUGUCACAGGGAAGAAUUCUAAAAGGUAUGCAGUACAGCAGUAUAGAAUCCAUGCCAAUACAGAGCAUAGGGAAAGGUCCACUUCUAGUUUUGUCUGUUACUAAGGGUAGAAGAUUAUUGCUUUUUAAAGGCUAAAUAUUGUUUGUGGGAACCACAGAUGGUUGGGGUUGAACAGUAAGCACAUUGCUGCAAUGUGGUACGUGAAUUGCUUGGUACAAAAUGGCCAGUUCACAGAGGAAUAGAAGGUACUUUAUCAUAGCCAGACUUCGCUUAGAAUGCCAGAAUAAUAUAGUUCAAGACCUGAAGUUGCCAAUCCAAGUUUGCACUCUUCUGGCCUGCCCCAUGUUACUAUGUGAUGGAACCAGCACACCUCAACCAAAAUUUUUUUAAUCUUAGACAUUUUUACCUUGUCCUUGUUAAGAAUUUCUUGAAGUGAUUUAUCUAAAAUAAAGGUUGGCAAACUUUUUCUGUAAAGGGCCAGAUUGUAAAUAUUUCAGACUGUGUGGACCAAAAGGCCACAUACAGUCUCUGUCAUAACUACUCAACUCUGUUUCUGAAGCAGGAAAGCAACCACAGACAGUACGUAAAGGAAUAUGUGUAGCUGGGUUCGCAGGCCGGACAAAACAGAUGGUGACCAGAUUUGGCCCCUGGGCUGUAGUUUGCUGACCCCUCAUCUAAAAAAUAGGCUAUACUACAAUUGCACUUCCAGCACUUUGAGAACAAGUUGAAUACCAAGAAUUAUUCAAUGGUUCCUCCAGUAACUUCUGCUAGAAACACAGAAUUUGGUCUGUAUCUGACACUAGAACAAAACUUGAGGGUAAAUAAACAUUGAAUUAGAAUGAAUCAUAGAAAACUGAUUAGAAGAAUACUUGAUGUUUAUGAUGAUUGUGGUACAAGAUAGUUUUAAGUAUGUUCUAAAUAUUUGUCUGCUGUAGUCUAUUUGCUGUAUAUGCUGAAAUUUUUGUAUGCCAUUUAGUAUUUUUAUAGUUUAGGAAAAUAUUUUCUAAGACCAGUUUUAGAUGACUCUUAUUCCUGUAGUAAUAUUCAAUUUACUGUACCUGCUUGGUGGUUAGAAGGAGGCUAGAAGAUGAAUUCAGGCACUUUCUUCCAAUAAAACUAAUUAUGGCUCAUUCCCUUUGACAAGCCGUAGAACUGGAUUCAUUUUUAAACCAUUUUCAUCAGUUUCAAAUGGUAAAUUCUGAUGGAUUUUUAAAUGCGUUUUUGGAAGAACUUUGCUAUUAGAUAGUUUACAGAUCUUUAUAAGGUGUUUUAUAUAUUAGAAGCAAUUAUAAUUACAUCUGUGAUUUCUGAACUAAUGGUGCUAAUUCAGAGAAAUGGAAAGUGAAAGUGAGAUUCUCUGUUGUCAUCGGCAUUCCAACUUUUUCUCUUUGUUUUUGUCCAGUGUUGCAUUUGAAUAUGUCUGUUUCUAUAAAUAAAUUUUUGAAGAAUA